GAAGCACUUUGUUGCAGAAUGUUACUUCGAGGUGGUUGCCGAUGUGGUAAGCUCGAGCAGUUUCUAACUGAUCCUGGAACACUCGUGCUCUACAAUGGCUACCGUAUGUCUCUUGACUCAUCAUAACAUCCUUGCUUCCCAUCUCCUUCCUCAGAACGAUACUUGGGCAAGGAUCCGAAGAUCUCCCGAUUUCCGAAGAGAGUUUGGCGUUUCCUUGUUUACACGAAUGUUUGAAUUUGCACCUGCUGUGUGGGGCAACUUCCCAUGGGGCCGUGGUGUCAAGGAAGGAGAGAGUCCUAUGCAAAACAAAGAGUUUAUACCCUUUGCCAUGAGAUUUGUUGACAUGUUUGAUUUGGCCAUCGAUAUGCUGGGCCCGGAUGUGGAUUGGGUGGAAGAGCAGCUUCAGCAUCUAGGAGCCAAGCACACCAGCUAUGGUCUCAUGCCCAAGCACUACACAUUGAUGGGCCGUUCCUUGUUGGAUACCUUGGAAGAGAAGCUGGGACAUGCAUUCACAGCUCGCCACAAGGAGUCAUGGCACACCAUCUACACCUUCAUGUCGGUGAGCAUGAUGCAAGGUGCCUUUGCGGAUCUCAAGGACACUGUCCACCAACACGAAACAACAAUCAAUGAAAUGAAGAGAUUUGAUGGUCGAAAGGGAGCCAGCGUGGACGUUUAAAUUGCGUGGAAGGAUUGAUAUCGGCCCUCGCGGACGCAACAUUGCUGCUCCUUUACACAGUUGUAAUCAUUAUUUGAAUUCAUAAAACAAGAAGGCUAUCUGUGGUUUGCGUUUCCACAGCUUGAGAAAGGUGAAUUGGUUGUCUGCUGCUUUCUAGGCUAGCUAGCUA